UGCUCUCCGCUCUCGGCUGCUGCCCGUGGGCUGUCCCCCGUGUCCCCCGUGUCCCCCGUGUCCCCGCGUGGGCGGCUCCUGCAGGGAGGAGCAGGGGAUGCUCCGCUGUCACCUCGUUGGUGACAAGCAUCGCCUCUGCGCACGGAUGGACUGACCGCCUCUCUCCUGCCCGGCGGGACAUGGCCGAGCGCGGCUCCAGGAUGGCCCCGCCUGGCACGGCUGGGUCCCGGGGGCUGCUGGCACCUGGCCGGGCAGCCAGCUGUGCCCAGCUGCGCAGCAGCACCAGCCAUUGCCCUUGGAAAAUGAACCAGCUUCCCCCGAAGAGUGCUGUGGCAUCCCCGGUGUCAGAGAGCACAAAUUCCAGGGUAGAGGCUUUGGACAACUUGUCAAUGGACAGUUUUUGGCUGGAAGUGGAGAACAUUAAACAGAGCGCCGAAGCCGAGCAGGAGGAAUGCAGCCUUGCAGAUGUCAAAACACAGGAGGAGGGAGAGGCCGAGGCCGAGUGGCUGCAGGACGCGGGGCUGGCCGAGCUCCUCGGGGACCCGGAGGGGGACAAGGACAACCUGGUGCUGCUGUCCACGCUGACCAGGACGCAGGCGGCGGCCGUGCAGCGCCGGCUGGACACCUACUCCCGCUCGCGCCGCAGGAGGAACAAGCACCCCGUGCGCGACGUGCGCGACGUCUUCGCCGUGGGCAGCUCCCAGGACACAGCAGCAGAGAAAGAGGAGUCCAGCCCAGACCCACUGUGGCACAAUCUACGGACUUCAAACACUCAGAGAACAGAAGCCCAGGAUUAUUCCUGCACAGUUCGAAACCCUGGGAAAGAGGAGGUGUUCAACAUGGAUGUUGCCUACUCAGAGCAAGCGGCUGUCCUGCUCAAGGGAUCCUUCCUGUCUGAAUCCAGGAAGUUAAAGGAUGGAAAUGCCCUAACAAGAUUUAAGAUCCCAAAGGGCAGACUAGGAGUGACCAGGAUUGGAGAUCUGUCAGCUCAGGACAUGAAGAAGAUCCCCACACUGGCCCUCAUUGAACUUACAGCUCUCUGUGAUAUUCUGGGCUUUGAGCUGAAGAGAAACAAAGCAGCAAAACUGAAAACAACAGAGAAAAGACUCUUUGGAGUUCCACUCAACACCCUGUUGGAAAAUGACCAAAAGCUGCUGCCCAACACCAAGGUCCCUCUGCUGCUCCAGGCACUGCUGUCCUGCCUGGAGAAGAGGGGACUUGAAACAGAGGGCAUCCUGAGAGUUUCUGGGUCCCAGACCAGAAUUAAGAGCCUGGAGCAGAAGCUGGAAAGGGACUUCUACAGCGGCCUGUUCCGCUGGGAUGAUGUCCACCAGAACGACGUGUCGGGGCUGCUGAAGAGAUUCAUCCGUGAGCUGCCGGCCCCGCUGCUGACAGCAGAGUACCUGCCUGCCUUUGCUGCUGUCCAGAAUAUUCCAGACCUGAAGCAAAGAUUGCAAGCUCUGAACCUCCUGAUCCUGAUUCUGCCAGAGUCCAACAGAAACACUCUGAAGGCCCUGCUUGAGUUUCUCAGCAAGGUGGUUGCCAGGGAAAAAAACAACAAAAUGAACCUCUGGAACGUUUCCACAGUCAUGGCCCCAAACCUCUUCAUGCACAAGGGGCUGCCAAACAAGAUCCCUGAGGGGAAGGAGAAGCAGCUGGCGGAGGGGGCGGCUGAUGUGGUGCGGAUGAUGAUCCAUUACCAGGAUCUGCUCUGGACAGUCUCCUCUUUUCUGGUGGCUCAGGUGAGAAAGCUGAACGAGAGCAACAGCAAAAGGUACCAGUUCUGCGACAAGCGCAUUAAAAAUCUGCUGCGGAAGAUUCACGCUGAUAAAGACAAGGUGGAAAAGAACCAGGGAGAGCCUUCCAAGGUUGUGAAGGUCCACGCAUCACUCCUCCUGAAGGACUCUCUGGAGGUGCACUUGAACAAUGCAACCAGGGUUGCUGAUGUCUUGAGGCAGUUUCAGAAGAACCUGUGCCAGAAUGGCUGGAAUAUUGUUAACACUGUCAACCUCCUCAAGUGUAACAACUCCGCAGAGUGCACAAAUUUGCUCCUGUAUGAAGUGGGAGGCAAUAUUGGUGAACAUUGCCUGGACCCAGACACUUACCUCUUGGACUUGUACCACAUCAACCCUCAUGCUGAGUGGAUAAUUAAGCAAAACCCAUCUUAUCCGCGGAUGUUCUAAGGAAAACACAAGGAAAACAAAGCACUUGGUUGCAGCUUUUGGGAGGUGUGGAAAUAGAGACUUUCCUGUUGUAGUGUCAGAGCAGACACUGCUUGUUUCUUGGAAGGAAAAGCACCUUUAUUAUCUGCUUCCAUGGCACUGGCAGUGAGAGCAGAACAGCCUCUGUGUUAACAGGGGUGCUGGAAACCAACAGCAAUUAUUGUGUAGCAGAGUUUGCAGGGGGAAUGGCUGUUCCUAAACAAAAUAUCCCCCAAAACAAACCCUGAAGGCAAAGCUGCAGUGGUUGUGCAGCAAAGGUGGAACAGAAGAAGAGAAAGAUUAUCUUGAAUAUGGUGGAAAGCAUUUGUGUAUCCUGGAUUUGCUCUUUCUUUUGGAGGAGAGACAGUCAAAUGCUGCAGUGGUACUAAGGACAUCCCUUGGGUAGGGUCCAUGGUUGCCUGUGGCAUGUCACCAGGAGAAUUUAUGAUCCUGGGCUUCAUUAUUAAGCUCCUGUUCUGUUCUUUGAAGAACAAAAAAGGAUGUUUCCAAAAAGGCCAGAUGGGAUGUGACAUCAACACAUUGUGAGUUUCAUGACUGCAGUUAAAUACAUAUAUGCAAUACAAGAAAAUAACUUUCCUUGGAAAAAGGUAUGGAAAAUACAGCAGCCUUUCAGAUGUGCAGUGUGACAGGAAGGUGCCUGUCCCAUGCUGGUAAUGCACACCCAAAUUGCCGUUGAUGAGGGUCAAAAAUGCAUUUAUUUUGAUGGACAACAGACAACACAGGAAAUAUCCUGAAGCUAAUGUGAGGUUGGUAACCUGACCUGGCCACGUGAACUGAACUUCUUUGUGGAAGAUUCUGUGUGAAUGCGUUUGUUCAAAAUCAACAAACCUCCCCUGAGAUGAGAGGUGGCUGAGCUGAGCCCUCACUGCUCUGGCUGCACAUUUCCAUUGCACUCAGCACAGCUGUGGGCUGGACAGGUGAGGGUGGAGCAGAGCACACACCUUGCUGAUGCAUCCUCAUCCUCCUCCUCCUCAUCAUCAUCAUCCAGCCUUGGCUCCAAGAGCACUGUGCCUGUGAGGAGUGCAGAAGUGUUGCUUCCCUUUGUGCUGAUGCUGAAAUUCCUCACGUGAAGGACCCCACAGCGCAGUGUGAGGGGUGAAACACUCAGCCUGGCAGGAAAUGUGGACUCUUUUCUCUAAAUACUGUUUUUAAACACGUUUGGAUAUUUAUUCAUGUGGCAGAAGCAGGGCUGCCCUGCAAGUGUAUACUCAAAGUAUUUCAUUUGCCAAAUCCAGCUGCACUAGUGACAAUCUCCAGUAUUACUUCUUUUGUUAGAGGUGUUUGUUUCCAUUGCAAUCUGAAUUUUUCCUCUUCUCAUUUUUUCCCCCAGGAUGAAGUGUAGCAUUCCUUAUUCAUUAUCUCAAGCUCCUAGAUUCUGUUGUAAAUGUGCUUCACCCUGUGAUUGUUCUGUCUGUGUGGUUAAAUCCUCUUGGUGGUUAAGAUCCUUGAGGAACAGGUGAGCCACAGUCCAUAUUCUUUCUAGCUUUUUGUGAAUUCUGUGUGAGUGGUGCAGAUACCUUGAAAUUAUUCAUAUAUUAGAGAGUCUGUCUAUUCUUUUUGGUUGAGAUGAUGCAGAUGCAUUGACUGGCUGGAUCACCUUCAUAGAUGUCUUCUUAAGAACCUGUAAUAGAACCUCCCAACCCUCACUCAGGUGUCAACAAUUCUUGAGAUGCCUCUUUCAUAGGGCUUAAAUAGUGCCUGAAAGAGCCUGAUUCUUUUCCUUGAGAAUGAGUGAUUUAUGUUUCUCUGGAAAGAUCAAGCUGCUUCAAACUGGGGCUUCAAAACCAAAGGUACCUAAUUCAGCAUCGCUUCGGGAAUUCCUUGUGGCAGUGAUGGAGCAAAGAUGGCAAAGAGGAAAUGCCAGAGAUGUGAUACCCUGAGAAGAACCCAAAUCAUAAAGGUAUCACUGUGAGCUCAAAGUUCCUUUGCAAGCUGAAUUGCACUCUGCAAAACACACAAUGCUGCAUUUUUUCUACCCCUCAUAUGCUGGUAUAUUAAAUAUUCUGUCCAUGUGUAUUGAGGGGCCAUGACUGCAUCACUGCUGCUGUGAACUACAAAUGAGUGGGGUUUUUUGAACACCAAACAAUGUGAAUCAGUGCUGUGAAAAAUAAAGUUAAUGGGAGACUCUCAUGAGACAAAUAUCAGGUUUAAAUAUGAAAGGAAAUGUAAAAAAAAAUAAAUAAAACAAAACAGCUCUUUCCAGAUUAUGGAUAUGCUUUUAAAAUUCUUUUUCCUAUCUUUGUAUCAAAAAGUAAGUGUAAAUUUUUCAGUCAGUGAUUUCAGUCACUCCUGAAGGAUGGCUUUUAAUACCUUUUAUUUUUUACGAGUUUUUAAUUCUGUAUUUAAAUUCCAUUUAUUCAGUGAAACAAUAAAAAUACAGUAAAAUC